GUGCCCCUACACACACACACACUCCCUCAGUGCCCCUACACACACACACUCUCUCAGUGCCCCUGUAACAGCCCGGCUGCUGCCCGUACCCUGUGCCCAUAUCCCGUGUCUCUGCAGUGCUCGCCCCCGUGUCCCCCUGUGCCCGCGCUUACUCGGUUCCCCCGGUGCCGCCUCCUAUCCCCCCCCCCCCAUCCCGGUGCUGCUGAGCCGCCUGUGUGCGCCACUGAGCCCCUUGCCCGGCCGCCUGCUCCUUCUCCGGAGACCGACAACUGCUGGAAUCCGCUCCCCGCACCUGCCCAUCGCCCCCGGGCAGCACUAGAGAGCCCGCUGCCAGCCUCCCACUCGGGGAUGGGGCCCCAGGCGGGCCCCGGGAUGCUACUGCUUCUCCUCGGCUUUCUGCGGAUAAGUGCGGCCAAAUAUGUGCGGGGCAACCUGACCACCAAGGAGGACUGGGUGUUUCUUACACGAUUCUGCUUCCUGUCAGAUUUUGGUCGCCUGGAAUUUAAGUUUAAAUAUCCAGAGGCCAAGUGCUGCCAGAAUAUACUACUUUAUUUUGAUGAUGCUUCCCAGUGGCCGGCUGUAUACAAGAAGGAAAACAAGGAUUGUUUGAUGAAGGAAUCUGUCAUCCGCCCAGAGAACAACCAGGUCAUUAAUUUAACAACGCAGUAUGUUUGGUCUGGAUGCCAGGUGAUAAAGGAGGCCGGACAGAGCUAUUUGAGCUGUAAUAGCGGAAGGAGCUUUCGGUCUGUGCGUGAGCGAUGGUGGUACAUUGCACUCAGCAAGUGUGGGGGGGAUGGGCUGCAGUUGGAAUAUGAGAUGACUCUCACAAAUGGCAAAUCAUUCUGGACACGACACUUUUCUGCUGAUGAAUUUGGGAUCCUAGAGACCGAUAUCACCUUCCUUCUGAUCUUCAUUCUCAUCUUGCUGCUGUCAUGUUAUUUUGGCUAUAUUUUGAGGGGUCGGCAGCUUUUACACACCACAUACAAGAUGUUUAUGGCAGCGGCUGGGGUUGAGGUUCUCAGCCUGCUCUUAUUCUGUGUCUACUGGGGCCAAUAUGCACAAGAUGGAGUGGGCAAUAGCAGCAUCAAAGUUCUAGCCAAACUCCUGUUCUCUGCAAGUUUCCUGAUAUUUCUGCUGAUGCUGAUCCUACUGGGAAAAGGAUUCACAGUUACAAGAGGGCGCAUUAGUCACCUGGGCUCCAUCAAGCUGUCUGUAUAUAUGACAUUGUAUACGGUGACACACACAGUGCUUUUUAUACAUGAGGCUCAGUUCUUUGAUCCUGCUCAAGUCUUGUACACAUAUGAGUCCCCAGCAGGCUAUGGUAACAUUGCAUUGCAGUUUCUUGCCUACAUCUGGUUCUGUUACGCUGUGCUGGUGACUCUCAAACAUUUCCCAGAGAAACAGGCUUUUUAUGUGCCCUUCUUUGCAGCCUAUACUCUCUGGUUCUUUGCAGUUCCGGUCAUGGCCCUGAUUGCAAAUUUUGGGAUCCCUAAAUGGGCGCGUGAGAAGAUUGUGAAUGGGAUCCAGCUGGGCAUCCACCUGUAUGCACAUGCAGUCUUCCUGAUCAUCACAAGACCUUCAGCAGCCAAUAAGAACUUUCCGUAUCAUGUGCGCACCUCUCAGAUUGGGAUUAUGGAACAGAGCACCGAGAAAUUCCCUCAUCACGUGUAUGGAAACGUCACCUUUAUCAGUGAUUCUGUCCCCAACGUCACUGAGCUUUUCUCCAUUCCAAGCAACAAUGGGAGUGCUGGGGGGAUAACUAAGCCUGUACCGUACCCUGUAACUCUUGGGCAGUGCUAUUCACAAUUAACCUCUGACUCUCAUCAUGUGAUCAGCCCUCCAUUACUGAAUGGUGUCCCUGGAGGUCAGAAGGUGCCUGUGGGAGAAACACAGCUUGGCGGGCUUCAGCAGCUGCAUGCCCCUCAGAUACAUCAUCAGAAUGGGUUCCCUGAAUAUUUCAGCAUCCGCUCUGCUGGACCACAACCUAUGUAGAGCCAUCAUUGGGAGUGGGAACCUACUGCACAUUGUGGUCCAACCUGAGCCAAAAUGGACCAUCUGAAGCCACACAUAGACUGAUUUUCUGAGCCAGACACCUGUGUGUAAAUGUUGGUAUACAUGAGAAAGGAUGUGUGAGUAGGAAUGUGUUGGUAUGUACACAAACAUGUAUAUACUACCUGCUGUUAUGUAUGUGUCAGUAUGUGCUUGAGUAUGUAGCCAUUAGUUUCUAUAGGAACACAUGGAUCUUCUCUAGUAUUUCCAUUACAUAUGUCUUUGCUUAUUUCUAAUGCCGAUUAUAUUUCCCUAUAGAUUCAGAUCAUUUUGCGCCUCCUUAUAUUCUCACAUCUCAUUUCAGGUCUACUUUGUUUGUUUUUGUAACUGAACGGUUCUGUCUCUGUUUUAUUUUCUGAAAAUGAAUUUCUCUGUUUCUGCAUCAUCUUUCCUCUCUUCUCUUUGUCUUAUCUGUUGUUUGCUCUCUCUUUGUAUGUCCUGUUUCGGUAGUUUCCUCUUUUCCCCAUAGCAAGUCUCUUUAGAUUCUUGUCUGUCUAUUGUCUAUCUCUCCAUGUAUCCUAUCUGUGUAGCUUCCCCUCUCCGGGUGUCACCUCUCUGUAGUUUCAUGUCUCUAGAUGUGUCAUAUCUGUAGUUUCCUGUCUAUAUGUAUCAUACCUGUAGUUUCCUGUUUCUAUGGGUAUCUUAUCUGUAGUUAUCUUUCUAUAUGUUCUACCUGUAGUUGUUCUCUCUCCUCGUGUCACCUCUCUGUAGCUUCCUGUCUCUACAUGUAUCAUAUAUGUAUCUCCCUGUAUGACCUAUCUCUGUAGUUUCCUCUUCCCCAUGUCAACUUUUUGUAGUUUCCUGUCUACAUGUAUCAUCUGUUGUUUCCUUUUUCUAAAGGUAUCUUAUCUGUAGUCCCCAAUCUCUCUGUCUCUACAUGUGUCAUAUCUGCAAUUUCAUGUCUCUACUGUAUAUGUAUCAUAUCUAUGGUUUCCUCCAUAUGUCCUAUCUCUGUAGUUUCCUUUUUCCCCCUGUCAUCUUUUUGUAGUUUCCUGUCUACAAGUAUCAUAUCUGUAGUUCCCUAUCUUUCUGUAUUUCCUACCUAGAGUUGCUCACUCUCCUCCUGUCACCUCUUUGUAGCUUCCUUUCUCAAAAUGUAUCAUAUCUGUAGUUUCCCUGUAUUCCCAUCUCUCUCUAUGUCCUAUCUCUGUAGUUUCCUUUUUCCCCAUGUGGUUUCCUUUUUCUAUAGGUAUCGUAUACUGUAGUUGCCCUCUCUCCUUGUAUCACCUCUCUGUAGUUUCCUGUCUCUACAUGUGUCAUAUCUGUAAUUUCAUGUCUCUGUAUGUAUCAUAUCUAUAGUUUCCUGUCUCCAUAUGUCCUCUCUCUGUAGUAUCCACUCUCCUGUAUGUCAUCUUUUGGUAGGUUCUUGUCUCACUGUAUUUAUAUCUGUAGCUUCCUGUUCUUCCAUGUGUUCUGUCUCUAAUUAUUUCUCUGCUCUGUGUCAUCCAUUUUAUUAUCUUGUCUCUUCCUAUUUAUGUCUCUAGUUUUCUAACUCUCCAUAUAUCCCAUGUCUGUGGCUUUCACUCUCCUCCAGAUCAUCUCUUUAUAGUUUCCUCUCCCUUGUGUCUCUGUGCUUUCCUCUCUCUCCAGUCAUCUCUUUAGUUCCUUGUCUUACUCUUUUCAUAUCUGUAGUCUCUUCUCUCUCUCCACUCAGAUCUUACUCUGAGUCUUACUCUUUACAUUUCUUCUCCUGUCUCUUUAUUCAUACCUGUUGUUUCCUGUCUUUCCAUGCAUCAGAUAUGUAGUUUCCUCUAUCACCAUGUGUUAUUUCUUCCAGCUGCUUGUAGCAAGAUUAAUUGUUUGAUCUGAUGUACUUCCCAUUGUUCAACUGUGUUUUUUUACUCCAUUGGAUCUGCAUUUUGUUUCCUGCCUGCCUGUUAAAACACUGUAUUUUGUCUUCCAGCUGCCUGCAGUUUUAUGUGUCUCUCCUUCCCACCUGUCUUUACAUGUAGACAUUUCUUGAUUUCUCUCUCUACAUUUUCAUGUCUCUUCUUCCAAAUUAUCUGUAUCUGCAAAUGUCUCUCCAUCCCAGCCAUCUCUUUCUAUUUUCCUGUGUCUCGCCUUUUUAGUUAUCUUUAGCGUACCAUUUCUCUUCAUUUCGCUGAAAUACAGUUUCUUGUCUCUCCAUUCCAACAGUCUGUUUUCCUACAGCUGCUGUGGUUUUCUUCCCCCCCUGUGGAGUUUUCUUUCUCCUAUUCAUCUUAGUUGCCUGAAGUCUCCUCACACAACCAAUGCACUUUAGGUCCUCAAGGGAUUUUCCUCUGAUUUUCUGCAGUUCCAUCUUACAUUAUUCCUUUAUUAUGUUACAAUAUUGGCAGCUUGUUUUAUAUGCAGUAGGGCUCAUUUACUAAUAAGUGCAAAGUGAAACAAUGCAUUAAGAAUUCUACCUAUCACUGCUAUUCACAAAGGCAUUAUUUGUGGUAAUACUUUAUCCUCUGUCCGUUGCUUCUGCUUUGCUGGUCACAAGGGACCCCAAGAAUGGUUUAAGGAGGUAUAACUUCCAGGGAUCCCUAUGCAUGUUGUGUCUACACAUGCAACUUUUUUGCACUGUGCUCAUUGGCAUUUUGGGAAUUACCUGAUUUUCCACCAAUUUUUGCACGAUUUAGCAACGCAGAAACAACUUAGCAUUAGUAGAGCACCGUUUAUUUGCAGCACAUGCUACUUAGAGGAUUAUAUUUAUGGAGGAAUUCUAAAUUUUGUGUAAAAACAUUUGAACUUUGGACAUUGUAGAUGAGACCUAACUGCUGCAUUUAGUUUCAUAUUUUCUGUUCUUACAGCUAAACCAUAGACAUACUGAUGAAUGGGAGCCUUUUCUUGGAGGUAUAGUUGCUGAUGUGUAGGGUUAGAUAAAGGCGUGUCUGAACUUACAGUUUGGUUCAUUUGUGUAAUACGUAAAGCAGCACUAUAGAUAGAGCACAUACAGGGCGGCUAUUAACGUAAAAGGGGGCGCUAUGGUACAUCAAUACAAUUACGCCCAUAAGCAUGUUUUCUAAUCUUUUUUUUGCCUCUUGUUACGUCUGAUAGAAUUGUGUUUUUUAUAGUGAAGUUGAACCCUCAGAAGGUGGUGUAAUGCAGUCCCGUGCUAUCAUAUCAUCCCUCUGACUGUACCUGCACCUUCUGCCUGUACAGGAAGACACAUGUUCAUAACAUCAAUGCUUUGGCCUUUUCUAACCUAAUGGCAUGUUAGGAGAUUCUGGAGUUCAAAAGUGACCUUACAUUGCCAUCUGUUUCACUUAAGGGAAGCCCACUCCAACUUAAGUCCUCUAACAGAGAGAGACCAUCCAUGUCUGCUCAUCCAUGGCAUUUGGGGCACCCUGUUUAUUUCAGGUGCUUGGUCUUCAUUUUACAGCUGCUGAAGCUCUUCAUAUCACUUACAGAAAGGCAAGGGAAUUGACUUGCAAAAUAAAUAUCAUUUUUAUACACAA